AUGGCAGCCGAGCAACAACGUGCACCACGCAUUCUGGCCUGUGUUCUCUGCCAGCAACGCAAGAAGAAAUGCGAUCGCAAGAGCCCAUGUUCAUUUUGUGCCAAAAUACAAUGCAUCCCUAGUACACCAGCUCCCAAGCGCAGUCGCCGCAAGCCUACAAAGGAACUGCUUGCACGUCUGGAACGCUGCGAGGAGCUCCUCAAGAGGUGUAAUUGUGUUCAAAAGUCUUUGAUGUACGAUGCGUUGGAGACAGGGAGCGAGUCUCACUCGAGUAGUCCGACAGACAGUACCUCGAGUCCACCGCCGGAGAGUGAGAAGAUGAGUUCUACUUCAGACGAGCGACAGCAUCAACCAUUAUACCACUAA